AUUUUGUUAAUUUCACUUACCAUUUCUUUAAUUUCAUCCUUGUCUAUCGUCUUACCCAUUCGUGAAUAGGGCCUGCUUUUUACACUUAGUCUGUUAACUGUCUGCUCUUAUCUUAUAUUCAUUCAUUUUCUGGUAACCUAAUUCAAAUUCCCGUCUACAGACAGCAAUUUCAUUGAUCCAUAUCAUAAUAUAUACUAGAAAAUAUUUAGAAUAUUGUAAUUUUUUAUGUAAGCUUUACACAAGAUUUUAUAUACAUGUACCCCCAACACUGACCACAUGCCAUUAACAUGUGCCUUAAAGCCUGAAGUAUUAUUUCUUUCUUAAUAUGGUAGUCUUGACGUGUCAAUAUAGUUGACAUUCAUGCAGGUAUUAUACAACAGCUACACGAUAUCUUUCCUUUAUAAGAGUGACCAUCUCUACCACUGACCAGUGUACAAGACUAACUAACCACUAUCACAAUGAAAGCCUUUCUAUGCUGCGCUGUCUUUGUAGCCGUGCUUGCUUUUGCAAGCGCCGAGGAAUGUAGAUCCGUCAGUGACUGUGAUCACGUAACAUGUCCAGAAAGUAACUACCAGCUCGAAUGCCACUACAGACAGUGUACUUGUACACAGGUUUCGUCAUCAUCCGGUUGCACGACAAAGGCUGACUGUAGCGGAGAUGACUGUAGAUUCGGAUGGCACUGCGUAGAUGCCAAAUGUAGAUGCGGAUUCGGAUUUGGAGGUGGAAAAUAAAGUCAUAUCCAGCUAUUGUUAUUUAUUGUUAACAUCGUUAUACUUUUCAAACAAUAAAACAUAAAGUGCAUAAAUUAGUGUCGUGUUCUAUUUUCAAAUAU